ACCAAAAUUACUUUGUAAGAUUUUGUUUUUGCAGAUUUUGUUUUUGCAGUGUAAUGGAUGUUUUCACAUUUAAUUUUCAGCGCCAGUCACAGUUUGAAAUAGUUCCCAGUUGGGGUCAGUAUCGCUCCACCAAUGAUAGAUGACCGUUGCUAGGAGUAAUCGCCGUGAUACUUCUAAAUGAGUUAUUUGUGUUGCAGUGUAACAUUUUCACAUUUAGCUAUUUGUUCACUGGGAGGUUUUUCACUGACAGUAGUGGAUGUACUUGUUUCCCUAUUAUUAUGAUGAAGUCUUAGCAGUAGACUGUAAAAGAAAAGAAACAAACUUUGUGACAUUUUGUCCCAGUUGUCCAGUCUUUCCAUCGAAGACCAGGCAGACAUACAGUUCCCCUACGCCAUGAGGGAUCUACCGCCUGUGUCUCAUUCAGCUGAGAAGUCACAGAACCAAGACCGCUUGGAUGUAGAAGAACUUCCGACUGCAGCCAACGGGAAGCUGCCCGGGUAUCCAGGAACGCCCCCUCCAUCCCGUCCAGUUCGCCCUGCCGGUUCUCCGACCGUCCCGCCCCGGCCCAGUCACGCAGGACGGGACUCGUCACAGAUUCUCCCGUUGAAGAGGCAGCUUGUCUCUCAGGUUUCUCUGGACUCUCCUCUGAGCCCGGCCUCGCGGCCGCGCAGUCCCUGGGGACAUUUUGACCCGUACGACUCUCCAGAGGAUCAGGACAAGGAGUACGUGGGUUUUGCUACGUUGCCCAGCCAGGUUCACAGAAAGACGGUGAAGAAAGGAUUCACCUUUACGCUGAUGGUGGCAGGAGAGACUGGACUCGGCAAAUCCACACUAAUAAACAGUUUGUUCCUCACUGACCUCUACAGAGACAGAAAAGUUCCCAACGCUGAGGAGCGGAUCAGUCAAACGGUCGACAUCAUCAAGCACACCAUCGGCAUCGAGGAGAAAGGAAUCAAACUGAGGCUCUCCAUCAUAGACACGCCAGGCUUCGGAGAUGCUGUCAACAACACAGCAAGCUGGAAGCACGUAGAAGACUACAUUGACCAGCAGUUCGAGCAGUAUUUCAGAGAUGAGAGCGGGCUGAACAGGAAGAACAUUCAGGACAACAGAGUCCACUGCCUGCUCUACUUCAUCUCUCCUUUUGGCCACGGUUUAAGGCCAAUCGACGUGGAGUGCAUGAAGGCUUUGCAUGUAAAAGUCAACAUUAUUCCUUUAUUGGCCAAAGCCGAUAGCCUGACACAAGCAGAAGUCCACAGCAAGAAAUUAAAGAUGAGGGACGAGAUCAAGCAGUUUGGGAUUAACAUCUACCAGUUUCCAGAGUGCGACUCAGAUGAGGACGAAGACUUCCAGAGACAGGAACAGAUCCUCAAGGACAGCAUACCGUUUGCUGUAAUCGGGAGCAACAUCCAGGUGGACAGCAAAGGCAGAAGGUUCAGAGGUCGUUCCUAUCCCUGGGGUGUGGUAGAAGUUGAGAACCCGGUCCACUCAGACUUCCUGAUGCUGAGGAACAUGCUGGUGAGGACGCACAUGCAGGACCUGAAGGACGUGACGCGAGAAAUCCAUUACGAAAACUACCGGGCACAGUGCAUCCAGAGCAUGACCCGCAUGAUGGUGCAGGAGAGGAAACGCAGUUUACGGGAGAAGCAUCGCGAAGGAAGCGAGGUGGACUUUCCUCUUCCACUCGCAGCAGUUGACACCGAGAUGGAGAGACAGAUUUUCGAGAAAGAUGAAGAACUGAGAAAGAUGCAGGAGGUGCUGGAGAGGAUUCAGGAGCAGAUGCAGCAGAGCCAGAGAGGCACCUGCUGAGCAAACAGACUCAAUCUUCUGCAAACCGGCCAUUUCGACAAGUUCAAGUGAGAGCUUUCAAAAAUAUGGACCAAAAUGUUUCAGUGCAUCUUCGCAGGGAAGGAACAACAACUGUGUGACAACUCAAGCAUUGGUUUAUGUUCAUAUCAAGAGAGCUGGUUGCAUGCUGUUCAAACAGUGUCGUGCGGUGAGUCCAAAAUCCAAUAUAGCAGCUAUAUUUUCAUUUUAACCAAAGCUUAUUAAAGCUUCUAACAAUAUAGAGGCAAAGAAUAUUUAAUAAGGCGACAUUAAAAAAAUUCUUUGGCUGACCUCCCUAUUUUCUGAUUAAGAUAUCGUAAAAAUCGUGUACGAUCUUACCUUUAUUUUAUAUUACCUGUCCUUCUCCACAAACAUCUUUCUCAUUAUGUCGUUAAACAAAAAAAGUCCUCGUUUCCAACUUUUCUUUCAUUUUCAAAACCUGCCAGCCUGGAACGGUUCUGUUCCGUCUGUUUUCAGUCUUUUCAAUUUCGUAGAAGAAGAGCCAUGUUGCCCGUUGUGUCUGUGUGGCUCAGCACUGCCCCCUAUCAGUAAGGCACGGUACUUUCUGCUUCACCAUGCGCAUUUUCACUGCGCAUUUAUGGCCAAACAGUAAGACUAAAUAUAACACCCACGUUAAUUAAACAUAUCAAACAGACCGCAGAACGUCAAUAUUCGUAGAAAAAUAUUUAUUUAAACAAGUACACUGGCGACAUAGACAGACACUUGUGUGGUACAGCGCCCCCAGAGGUGAGGUACAGUACUGCACUGCAUUACCUGGUCUUUCAUGUAUUUCAAAAAGAAAUGCGUAAAUCCAGCGAUUUUGACCGUAAAAAUGUUGAAAUUACCAAUAAAAAACAAUUUAUAGAAAAUUCAAGAGGACAAAUUGAUUUUCUCUCGUCAUUGUUAGCAUCUAUUUUACUUCUUAUGUCCUUUUUUAUACUUAUCAGGAUUACAGUGAGGAACCGCCUCCCCUGGCUCCGUUUUUAUUUCCUCUGGGGAAAAUUAAUGCUCUGACUCAUUAUUUGGUGCAAAACUGAUGCAGCAUGAUGCAAUGACCCAGAGGUAAACCAGUUUGCAGAGAGCUGUACUACGAAUCAAGUUCAACAUAGCGGCGUUUUCUCUUCAACAAAACCUAAAACUCCUCUGAGAGAGAACAGGUAGAACAACAGUGAUGAUGGUUUCUCCUGGUUUUACUCUUUAGGAUUCCAUGCAAAAUACACAGAUGAUGUGGAUUAAUUUAAAAAUAUAAAGAUAGUUGCAGGAAAAUAUGGCUUCAGUUACAAAAAGAGUUAUCUUGCAAACAAGCGAAAACAAGCAUUUGUGAUAAAGAGUUAAACACUGUUAAUUUGUUUUGUAGUACAGCCUUGUCACGUUGGUUUCUUCUUCUCCUGCUUUAUUUUUGUACUGUCAUUAUAUUCCUGAACUUCUUCUUCCUUAGCAUUACCCACCAUUUGUGGUCAGCGUGAUGUUGGAUUUUUAAAAUUUUUAUUACAUUGUUUUAUGUCAGUUUUUUAUGUUAAUGUUUGUUUUGUAAGGUCAGAAAAACAAUAAAAUUUUAAACCACAAAAACAAACAGACCAAUGUGUUGUAAAUGUAAUAAGAUUUAUUAAGAACCUUUAUUUUUCCAUCAGCAUAAUUCUUCAUUAAUAUGUUUUAUUCAUUUUCAUUAUGGUUAUUUUCAACAGUGGACAGUUAGAUCUAAAAGGCAGCCCAAAGUGUACAGGCAAUAUAUAACUUAAACUUUCUCCAUAGGGAAAACAUGUUUUUUAUAUUUUAUAUAUAAUAUCAAUGUAGCAUGAGGUCCAGGAUUCUGCCCACGUUAUACAGUAUUGUACAUGGUCCCGAAAAGAAACAUUAAAAGAUCAUUUUUAAAACAAAGGAACUAAACUGCAACCUACAUGCAAAACAAAACCAAAAGAAAACAAGCAUUUAAGAUGCAUACACUCAUAUGCUGAAACAUGCGUACGAUCACAAGUUACAAAACUUCCAUACGUACAAAUAUUACAAAACUCAAUUUCAGUUAUAGACAAUAUUAUUUUACCCAGAAAAGAUCAACAGGCUUUUUUUUUUUCUUUUUCCGCUCAGCAUCGCAGUCCAACUCAAAAUGAAAAGUAUUAAAACAACAACAACCCAGAAGUCGUUUUCUCCUCCAUUCACUCCAAGUACGUGUUUAGCCAGAGUUGUCACAGUGUUCAGGGAAUCUGAGUAUAGGCACGCACAAUAGCAUUCAAACAGGCUCGUCUCAUAAAUCUGUGUAAAAAAAUAACCUGCUAACAGCUACACACACACACACACACAGACCAUCAUGCACGGGGCAAACUGCACAACCAACAAACAGCCAUGCUACAGGUACAACAGGGUUAAGUAGAGCAGAGAAUAUAUAAAACAUAUAAUCACAUUUACAGACGUAAAGCAGGGAAACUGCAAAGGAGUAAAGGAGGAGAUCCACCAUGCACUGCAGAAACACCAAAUCUUACCAAAUACUUUUGUAUUUAAGUGCAAAUAUCUUAUUAUAACUAAAGUAGGAUAAAACAGACUUAGAAGUAAUGUUUCAGCAAGAUACAGGAGCUUGUUUUAAGCCACAAGUGCCAAAUCUGGCCCACCAUGAAGUUUUAUGUGGCCCAGAGCGUCAUAUAAAUAGAACCUUGUAAAUAACAGUUGUAUGUUUAAAUAAUAUUUGAUCAAUUAAAUGAAAGCAGUUUUCAAUGGAAGAAGAUUAGCACCACAGGAAAAAAAAAAAUCAGAAUGUUUUUUCUCUGAAUUUUGACUUUUUCCCAGAAUUUACCUGAAUUAUUCUGACUUUAAUCUUCUAAGAUCAAAAGUCAGAAUUCUGGGGGGGAAAAGUCAAACUUCUGAGAACAAAGAGAAAUCUGAGAAAAAAAGAAAAGUCAAAAUUCUAAGAAAAAAAAUUCUGAUUUCUGGGAAAGAAUCAAAAUUCUCAGAAUUCUGAUUUUUGACAUCACGAGACUAAAGUCAGAAUUCUUUUAUUUUUCCACUCCUUAUAAUCUUUUUCUGUAGUUUCAUAUGUAUUCUGCCCAAUUCUAUCAAAGUGUAAUGAUGUGUGGUAUUAUUUACCAAACGCUUCAAGCGGCUAUUUAUUCAUAUUUUAGAGGGUUAUUAAUGAGUUUCAUCGAUACAUUUUACCACAACCGGCCCUUUGAGGACGUUCAUAAUCUUGCCAUGGCCCAAAUAAAAGAAAGUUUGACAUCUCUGUUUUAAGUCAAUAACUUCUUAAUAUUGGUGAAACAGUAGCAGUUCCAUUGGUAGACAUUUUCCCCAUAUUAUAAGUGAAAAAAUCUGGUUCUUUUUCAUCGACAUUAAAGAAUUACCGACUUAAACAAGCUUCUAUAUCUUGCUGAAAAGUUCCUUGAAAGUUUUUUUUUUCUUAUUUCAGGUGUACUAAGAUAUUUGCAGUAGAAACUAAACCAAACCACUUGGUGAGAUUUUGUGUUUUUGCAGUGCGUUAACGUACGAUAAUGACAGAAUGAUGCGUUUAGUCUAACAUAAACAUUCACACACACUGAUUUACUCAUUAGUGGGCGUCAGAACAUAUUCCCAAUUCUGACUAAGAACAAUUAGUUUCUAAUCUUUUUUAUAAUUUUUUUUAACAAGAGCGACAGAUUUUAAUUUAGAUUUUAGACACCAGCUGUUUGAGUGGAAAACGAUAUUAACUAAAGCUUACAGUAUCUGCUGACACAUGAGCAGAGACCAAUUUCCAGAGCUGAAAGAAGCGUUUUGAACCCUACGGAGGUCCAAAAGUGCCACAAUUCAA